AUACUUACCAACACUCUAGUCUGUAGAAACAAAACACAGAAGCCGCAAGAGGAAGAGGAGAGAGAAAAUGGAGGUGCCAGGAUCAUCGAAGAAGAUGAUAGCAACACAAGCAGAAAUGGUGGAGAACAAGGUUCCUCUUGCUUACAGAGAUCAAUGCGCGCAUCUUCUGAUCCCCCUCAACAAAUGCAGGCAAUCGGAGUUUUAUCUUCCUUGGAAAUGUGAAAAUGAGCGCCAUUCUUACGAGAAGUGUGAGUAUGAACUUGUCAUGGAACGUAUGCUUCAGAUGCAGAAGAUGCGUCAAGAUCAGAAGAAUCACCAAAAUCAAUCAAUCCCUCUUAUUCCAAAAACUGCUAAUGCUUAGCUUCGAUUUCGAUUCUUUUUCCGUUUUCAAUUGGGCAUCUUUUUGAUGGGUUUCUGGGUUCACUUUGAUCGUCAUUCCUGUCUACUUGGUUUUAUGUACCGCUCGGACCUGUUAUCAUGCUGGAUUUGAGAACCUUGAUGAAACGAUUGUUUUCUCUUAAUCCAUCUUACAAUAAGUUCAUGUUUAACAUGGUUGUUCAGAAAAAUUUUAAGCUUCUUAUGCUUCUCUGCUUACACUAAUUAGUUUUAUGAAACAGAUCCGGGGACUAUCGAUUUCAA